AUGGCCAGUCCGCCUCGAGAACCAAUUCCAUCGCUGAAACCGUCGCUUCUCCAGCCUGAGCUCCAACCCCCACCAUCACCGCGAACUCAUCGCGCCUUGCGACGUCUGCAGUCCGCCCAUACGUUGGGUGCCAGCAACCGAAACUCAGCCCACAUACCCUCGCAGCCCUCUCUCAUAUCCCAGCAGCGUCAGCAACAGAAUCAGAACGCGCCGAAUAGCCAGCCUGUCCAGCGCAAUGGCUCACCGACGCGCAGCACCCGUGGUCGCGCUAACAGCGAUGCCACGCCGCCGCUCGUCCACCAGAUGAAUGCCGUCACGGCUGCGAAGCGACCUGGGAGCCGGAAACCCGUCUUUUCACACGGCCACCUCUCUCUCGACAAGAUCAUACGCGACGGACCGGCUGAUGGCGACUAUAUCGGUGCGCUCGAGAGCGCGCGGUGGAAAGUAGUGGAUGAGGGCAUCAAGAGCGCGGAUGACGGCAUGUCUACCGUGAGGAUCUACGUAUGGCUGGUCCUGCUCAACGCGCCCAUCUUGUCUACCGACGACUACCUUGCCCUAAUCCAUCGAGGCGCCUCGCCUGCGUAUUCGAAGAUCCGAAACGACACAUUCCGCACGCUUACGACCGAUCCCCUUUUCCGACGGCGUGUGAGCGAAGCAAGUCUGAUACGUUUGCUGAAUGCUAUAGCUUGGACUUUGCAAGACGCCCGAGAGGAGGACCGCCUGUCUGGCCCCCGCAAAGCAAGGUCGUCAAUGGCUAGGGCGAGCCUAGCAAGCAACGCAUCCGACAGCUCACAAGGACGUAAGUUUUCCCCCACCCAACCUCUGACAGAUUCUAAAUGGGAAGAAAAUGCAGUCGAGCCCGGUGUGUACGUGCAGGGCAUGAACGUCCUAGCGGCCCCGUUCCUAUAUGCAGCGCGCAGCGAGGCCGAAGCCUUUGCGGCUUUCCACACCUUACUUACACGAGACUGCCCUGGAUACAUCCGUGGUGCGAUGGAUGGCGUACAUCGAGGGUUAGCGCUGGUUGAUAAAGUCCUCGCCAUCGUCGACCCCAAGCUAGCGAUGUACCUGACCGCCAAGGGCCUCUCAGCCGAGAUCUAUGCUUUCCCAUCAGUCCUCACGCUGUGUGCGUGCACGCCACCCUUGCCAGAGGUAUUGCGCUUAUGGGAUUUUCUUUUUGCGUAUGGACCGCAUCUGAAUAUUGUAUGCAUCGUUGCGCAGUUGACCAUUAUGAGGACCCAGAUCCUAACGUCAGCAAGUCCCAACAAAGUCUUGAGGUCCUUCCCUCAGCUCAACGCCGAUCUUGUCAAGAGUGUCACGAUAGGGAUUAUCAAGAAGAUUCCCGAUGAUGUCUACAACGAGAUUGUCAAUCACGCUUUGUGA